GAGGCCGGCAGUUUGAGUUGCGAGGCGAGGAGUCGCGGGCGGCGCGUGAGGCGAGCGGGGCGCCGGAGGGGAGAAGGGAGGCAGCCCGGCCCACCGCCGCCCAGGAUGACUAGGAUUUGAUUACACAGACAAGAUGAACAAGCAAGAUAACAAAUAAAUGAUCUUACCAUGCAUUGAACAACUUCUGAGAGUCAGGUGCUUAGCCCUGGGAAAAUGUCUGCUUGCAAUGCAUUCACUGAACAUGUCUGGAAACCUGGUGAAUGUAAAAACUGCUUCAAGCCAAAAAACUUGCACCAACUGCCUCCAGCUUCUGAAAAACCUCCCGUCUCUACAAAUCUGAAAAUCAAUGCAAGUCACAGCAACAACCAACGUACUAAAAAUACAGGAAAUUUUCGACCUCCUGUGGCAAAAAAACCCACUAUAGCUGUGAAACCCACCAUGAUGACAGUAGAUGGACAGGGUAUAUGUGGCGAGGUCAGCCCACAAGAUCUUUGCGAGAACAAGCCAAUUGCAGGCUGGAACCAAAAUAGGACUGUCUUGAAAAAAACACCACAUAACAAUAAUAAUAAUGAAGAAGAAAUUGAAGGUUAUGGUCAUGUUCAUAGGCCUUAUGGGAAUAGUGAUGGUGUAGGUAAAGCUCCAAGCAACAAUAAUGGACUGACAGAAAUGUUGAAGGAAAUUGCAGGCUUGGACACGUCGUCUUCUCUAACAGGAAAUGAAAUUAAUUCAAGGGAAGCAUUCUUGGGAAGAAUAAACAAUUGUUAUAAAAAGUCAUUAGAAAGAAAGGUCCCUCCAAGUUGCAUGUUGGGUGCCAUGAAGGAUUCGCAAAAUAAGCAUGUUGUUCUGAGUGGAAGCACUGAUGUAAUAAGUAAUGAAGGUGGUCGUUUCUGUUACCCAGAAUUCUCCAGUGAGGAUGAGAGUGAGGAUGAUCUGCUUUUUGGCAGUAUGCAUGAAGACCAUGAGAGCUGGGAUGAAAGUGAUGAAGAGCUGCUGGCAAUGGAAAUUCGCAUGAGGGGACAGCCACGCUUUGCUAACUUUAGGGCUAAUACGCUAUCACCUGUCCGAUUUUGUGUUGACAAAAAAUGGAACACAGUGCCUUUAAGGAACAAGUCUCUCCAGAGGAUUUGUGCUGUGGACUAUGAUGAUAGCUAUGAUGAAAUUUUGAAUGGUUAUGGAGAUGACACUGUGAUUCUUUAUGGGCAAGCAAGCAUGCAAAGCAUAGUGUCAUCUGAUUCCAUGUCUCCUGACUCUUCUUUGACUGAAGAGUCUCGCUCUGGGACAGCAAGCAGUUCUUCUCAAAAGCUCUGCAAUGGUGGAUUAUCUCCUAGCACUCCUAAAGAUAUCAAAUUAAUUGAGGAAGAAUAUAAAAGCUUUUGUGAUGAUCAGCAAUUGACAGUUGUAACUAAAAACCCUCAAAUUGCUACCAAAACUUUGGAGACUCAUAAGGCUGUGCUUGCCCUUAGGUUGGAAGAAAAGGAUGGCAAGAUUGCUGUUCAAAGUGAUAAGCAAGAAUGCUGUAGUCCUUCAGGUAUGCCAAGUCAAGCAUCAGCUGCAUGUUUACUCCCCGUUGAAGAACAAGCAAAACCUUAUAGGGUAGUAAACAUGGAACAACCCAUAUGCAAGCCAUACACUAUUGUGGAUGUAUCAGCAGCCAUGACCCAUGAAUGUAUAGAGAAUCGAACGAGAAGCUGUGAUUCAAAAAGUACCCUAUCUAAUCCAAAUUCACACGAUACUCUAAGUACAAAGGUUGCGCCUCAUUCUGUAUCAUCUGGGCAAGUGAACACCAAUCUUAAAAAAUCUAGUGCAGUCAGAUACCAGGAAGUUUGGACUUCCAGUACAAGCCCACGGCAAAAGAUUCCUAAAGUGGAACUAAUUCCCAACACACCAGGACCUUCUGUACCUUUGAGGAAGAACAUUCACAAAUCUGCUCCUGCUUCACCUACAUCAACCAAUAUUUCUACAAAAACAAUUCCUGUUAAAUCUCCUAACCUGUCUGAAAUAAAAUUCAAUAGUUACAAUAAUGCUGGCAUGCCACCCUUCCCAAUCAUUAUUCAUGAUGAGCCAACGUAUGCUAGAAGUUGUAAGAAUGCAAUCAAAGUUCCUAUUGUAAUCAAUCCCAAUGCAUAUGACAAUUUAGCAAUCUAUAAAAGUUUUCUAGGGACUAGUGGAGAGCUCUCUGUAAAAGAUAAAACCACAAGUGUCAUCAGCCACACAUAUGAAGAAAUAGAAACAGAAAAUGCCGCUCUGAAAAACAUAACUAGCAAAUCUACUGAACUCUCCCAGGCUAAAGGGUUAACUAAUAGCUCUGAGAGAAGACUGGGCUCUGUGGCUCAGAAGGUUCAGGAGUUCAACAGCUGUCUUGGCAAAGGUCUGACUUCAUCCAAAAGCUCUGAUCACAGCUCCCCAACAAAAAUACCAAGAACUCUUCAUGAUCCUGUGGCCAAAACAGAAGAGACACAGGAGAUAUGUAGUGGAAGUAGGGAAAAUGCCUGUACAGUACUAUCACAAAUUGUGGCUUCUAUCCAGCCUCCACAGUCUCCCCCAGAAGUACCUCAGACUGGACCCAAGUCUUGCAGUGCGGAAGAAUUGUAUUCUCUGCCUCCUGAUGCAGACACAGGUGAAAGUGUCCCAGUGCGGCCCAAAUCUCUCUUUACCACACAGUCGAGUCCUGAGAGUGAAGCAGGAAAUUCCACAGAAAUGGGGCCUAAGGAAACCCUGUCCAAGUCACUAGUUGCCUAUUCCUCAAAGCCAGUGGCUGCCUCCCAGAAUACCACAAAUCCCAAAACUGAACAGACUCCCCCAUUUCCUCCUCCUCGUUCCACGUCUUCACCAUAUCAUGCCAGCAAAGUGUUGCAAAGACAUUUCAGCAAUUGGACCAAACCCACGAGCCCCAUAAGAUCAACAGAGGCUGAAUCAGUAUUGCAUUCCGAAGGUAGACGAGCUGUUGAUGCAAAGCCCAAGCGUUGGAUAUCAUUUAAGAGCUUCUUUCGUCGCAGAAAGACCGAUGAUGAGGAAGAGAGAGAAAGAGAAAAGGGGAAACUGGUGGGUCUUGAUGGAACUGUCAUUCAUAUGCUUCCACCUCCUCCUGUUCAACGGCAUAAUUGGUUCAGUGAGUCCAAAUCAGAUUCAAGUGAGAAACCCUCAAUUGUGUUUAUGUUUAAAUGUGAACAAGCAAAGAUGGAGGCAAAAUCUGAUCGAAACAAGACUAAAGUAGAGCCAGCAGUUGAAGUUGUGGUAUCCGAAAGAGACGAGAGGGAGAAGUCUUCAGAGGUAUUGGAAGAAAAGAGCCAUUCUUCGCCACCUAAUAUUCCAAAGGAAAUUCUCAGACUGACGGAAAGUACCCCAUGAAGCACUCAGGAGUCAAGCUGUAUUUCAAGUAGACUUUCUUCAAGUUGCAGUCUUGCAUCAUCAUAAAGCAAUCUUCUUACAUCCAGGAAUCAUCAUACACAGGAGGGAUCACAUACACGGGAGAAGCCAACAGGGGGAGUCAGCCAUACCUACAGUGGUACCUCGGUUUUCGAACAGCUUAGUUCAUGAACAACUUGGAAAUUGAAUGCUGCAAACCCGGAAGUAGGUGU